AUGUACGUUUUGGAGUUGACUCCAAACGGAAUUGCACCCGUGAAAUGGUUUACCACCCAAGACUCGCUCUACGAUCUUGCAUGGUCUGAGAUUCACGAAAACCAAGUUCUUACAGCCUCCGGUGACGGUAGUAUUAAGUUGUUCGAUUGCAAUCUGAGCGACUUCCCCGUCCAGAAUUGGAAGGAACACAACCGUGAAGUUUUCAGUGUGCACUGGAAUCUCGUCGCGAAAGACCGCUUCUGCUCCAGCAGCUGGGACGGUACUGUGCGCGUUUGGACCCCCGAUCGUCCGCAUUCUCUCGUCACUCUUCCUACACACAGCUGCACUUACUCCGCAUCCUUCUCACCACAUUCUCCUGAUAUCCUUUCCUGUGUUACGUCCGACUCUUACAUCCGUCUGUUUGACCUUCGCACUCCGGCUUCCGCCUCCAACCACCUCACUCUCCAGAUCCCCAUCCAUGCGACCCCGGUAUCUCCGAUUCCUGGUAAACCAGGCGUUCCGCCAGCUGCCUGUCCUCCUUCCGAAGCUCUGACGCAUGACUGGAAUAAAUAUCGACCGUCUAUCCUGGCCACCGCGGGCGUGGAUCGGACGAUCCGCACCUUCGACAUUCGUGCCCCGCAGCAGGGCCCACAAACCGUGAUGGUCGGACAUGACUACGCUAUCCGCAAGGUCUCCUGGUCGCCGCACUUAUCCAAUGUUCUCCUUAGUGGAAGCUACGACAUGACCUGUCGUGCAUGGAACGACCAGUCUCCCCCUGGAGUUGUUGGGGAUGUCGACUCGAUGCGGGCGGGUCCUAGUCCAACGAUGGGAGUGGAGAUGGGUCGAAUGGCGCGUCAUACAGAGUUCGUAACCGGAGUCGAUUGGUGUAUGUUCGGAAGUGAGGGAUGGUGUGCCAGUGUGGGAUGGGACGAAAGUCUGUAUGUGUGGGAUGUCCGGGCAGUCAUGGGAUAG